GGCAUUGUUUGUGUGUAUAGGUCUGCUGCUGCUGCUGAGGCCGUUGUGACGACAACCAGAUAGUUGUACAAUUCUCUCAUUUUGUCAGCUUUUCUUUAUACAGGUGGCGUCAUCCAGACACGUGCUGGCUGCUGGAGAGCUAUGAAGAUGAGGAAGAGACCGAACAUUCUGCUAACAGGAACCCCUGGUGUUGGAAAGACCACUUUAGGAAAGGAGCUCGCCCAGCGGACAGGACUAAACUAUGUCAACAUAGGAGACCUGGCCCAGGAAGGACAACUUUAUGACGGCUACGAUGAGGAGUACCAGUGUCCGAUUCUGGAUGAGGACAGGGUGGUGGAUGAGCUGGAUGAAAAGAUGAUAGAGGGCGGUGUGAUUGUCGACUAUCACGGCUGCGACCUGUUUCCUGAACGCUGGUUUCACAUCGUCUUUGUCCUCCGCACAGACAACACUCAGCUGUUCACACGGCUAGAGAACAGGGGUUACUCUGGGAAGAAGCUGCAGGACAACGUGCAGUGUGAGAUCUUUCAGACAAUCUAUGAGGAAGCCAUGGAGGCCUACAAAGAGGAGAUCGUCCACCAGCUGCCCAGCAACAGUCCUGAAGACCUGGAUCACAACCUGGAGCAGAUAGUGCAGUGGACUGAGCAGUGGAUGAAGGACCACAACUAGAGGCUCAACUCUGUCUGCUGGGCUCCAGUGGCAGGAUUGUCAGCAAACAUUAUUUGGACAGUUAAACAUGAAUUGUUAUUAUCUGCAUCUACAUUAUCUGCAAUCUGCAUUUAUUUUCAUAAAUUUUGAUGACAGAAGAUA